AUGACAGAGCACGAAGGCGCCGCCAUCUCGGCCGAGACCCUCUCCGGCCAAGUACUCCACAUCCCGGAUCUCCGCCCGGCGUUCGCGUCGUGGAAGCAAGGCGUCAACCCCAACCACGAGUGGGUGAAGACUGCCGUGGAGGAGCGGUUGGAGGACCUGAUCGAGAACAAAGAGGUCCUGGCCAAGGUGAAGGCGACUGAUAUCACGCUCUUUGCUUCUGGCUUGUUCCCGACCGCAUCUGCCGAGGACCUGAAGACGGCCGCAUUGUACUACGUCUGGCUCUUCCUGUGGGACGAUGUCAUCGACGGCGCGGAAGCUGAUGGGGCCGGCGAUGCGCUGGCUGCAGAGGCCUACUGCCGGCGGUCUGUCGCCUUCGUGAGGCGCGCUCUCGGGGUCGACGGGGCCGAGACUGCCCCGUGCCCGGAGGAGGGGGCGCCAACGCGCAUCUGUGAGAGCUUCGGCGACGUGGGCAGGCGGAUCGUCGAACGGGGUUGCCGGGCCGAGCAGAGGAGGGGGCUGUUUGAGCAGUUGAGGGAGUACAUGGAGGGUUGCGUGACGGAGUACAAGUGGCGAUUGUCGGGGAGGGUGCCGAGCGUGGAGCAGUUCUACUCGUGGCGGCUCAAGACGUCGUCGGUGGAUGCCAUGCUGGAACUUUGCCGGAUCAUCAACAAUAUCGAUCUCCCCAAUGAUAUUCUCGGGUCGGAAGAGCAUGCAGCCAUGGGCCGCUCGGUGAACAAGCUGCUGAUUAUAAAAGAGCUGAAAGAUGGCUCAUUCGGAAACCUCGUGCCCGUCACAAUGCGUGCUCUCAAUUUGGAUCUCGAGGGCGCGACGCAAGCUUUGAUACAGGAUAUCCACGGCUCCAUCAAGGAUUUUAACGACAAUGCCUCGGCCAUCCGCUCCAGGAUCGUGCCGGAGCAGGGUGUCGGGGUCGCGGAGCAGUUGCGGCGGCUAACCGAGUCGUACCAGGCGAUUGCCACGACGGUGCUCAACUUUUCCAUCCAGAGCCCGCGGUAUGGGCUGUCCAAGUACAGGCAGGAGGAUGGUUCAUAUGCUGUUCCACUCUGA